CGGAUGUCUGAGGAUCAGAUUACAUGGAUGUCGUAUAUAGCCGAGAUGUUUGCAGAGUUGCCCCCAGCUGGAUGAGAGCAUGGUCACAUAUGGCGAGCACGUGUGCCGUUGAUAUGUUUUGACAUUGUUGAGCUUCAUUUGCCUGAUCGAGUCUUGCGACAGUUUGGGUUUGAGCAGGUCAUUCCACGGCCCAUCGACACUUAUGUAGAGCUUCAUAGGCUGGAUAGGCGUGGAAAGCAUACGGAGGAUUGGGCACUGAGACAUGUCCGAUACGUCACUCUGUGGGACAGGCGAGCUGAGCUAGUUGUGACUGGGACACCGACAUUUGUCCCAUCUGUUUCAGGAGACUACAUGGGAUGGUAUUACAGCAUCACUCGUUUGUUUGUGUCUCCUUCGUUCAGACUCCUUACUCAUCAUUAUCAGCCUAGCUCCUUGGCUUUGCAUCUUACGACACGAGCUUUGCAGCGUAUACAUCAGCGGGCUACUGCCACAGUGAGUGAUAGUCAUGAUGUGGACAUGUAUGGACAGGCUCUGACAGGCAUUGCCUCCUUGUGUUCAGAAGCGUUGGGGCGAGUCAACUACGGCCAUCUUAUACACAUGCCCCCAUCUCAGGAGAUGUCAUCGACGUCUAGUGCAGCGGCGGCUUCAUGCCUUCAUCAUCCCAAACGCAGCAUGAGAGAGUGAUUCUUCAACCACGUCCACGACGUAGGCGUAGACAUCAGCAGCAACAUCUCCAUGACCAAGAUGAUCAAGAUGACCAUGAGAACUUGUAGUUUG